CGGCCAUCUCAACAGUUCCUGGGAAGCAGGCGGGGCCCAAGCCACUGUGACAUCAUCAGACCUGGAGCAGUAAGGGGAUCACAGAUCGCAGGUGUUGCUAAGCGAUCCUCACGUCCACUCUCCCAGCACCUGCUUCAACACACCCCUCAGACGCUACUGGGAGACCAAUUCUGGUUUGGUGAGUUUGGAGGCAGGCAUUACACAAAGAGCUGAAGCCCAGCCACUGUGUGCGGAGGAGAAGGAGAGGAGAGACUAAACACUUCCCACUGCGCAAAGGUGGCUGCACACAACCCUGCCUUCCUGGCUCUGCUGCCGUCUUUCUGACGACCUUGUCUUCCGUCAUACUUUUACUUUUUUACCUCACCGGAGUGCUCCGUUCCCCCUGACUCCCGGAAAACAGGAACGGCAGCGCAGGGAACCGGCGGACAGCAGAAGGGCAAAAAAAAAGGAUAGAGGAGAGACUGAAGUCUCGCAGUGGCUGGGGGUUCCAGGGAGUCACCGGACACCCGGACGAAAGAGUGCGAGUGAAAAGAUGCUCCUGGCUGAAUCCCACUCCACCGACAUCUCUCUUUGAAUGGUGACGCAGUUCUCACAGACCGGCCCCGAAUUCAGCGGAAACUCGACAGGUACAGGCCCCAGAUACGAUUGGAUGGUAUCAGCAGUAUGACAGCAGAAGACUCCGCCUCUGCAUCCGCUAUGAGUAACCCAAACCCCUCCGGAUCUAAGCCCGUUGCCUAUGCCCACCACUCCCCCGUCCCAGAGGGGGUGACCGGAGCCCCUAACGAGGCCGCGCUGGUGUCGCUGAUGGAGCGCACGGGCUACGGCAUGGUCCAGGAGAACGGCCAGCGCAGGUACGGACCCCCGCCCGACUGGGAGGGCUCAGUCCCGCCGCGGGGCUGCGAGAUCUUCGUGGGGAAGAUCCCGCGGGACGUCUACGAGGACGAGCUGGUGCCCGUGUUCGAGUCGGUGGGCCGCAUCUACGAGAUGCGCCUGAUGAUGGACUUCGACGGGAAGAACCGGGGCUACGCCUUCGUCAUGUACACCCAGAAGCACGAGGCCAAGCGGGCCGUGCGGGAACUCAACAACUACGAGGUCCGCCCGGGCCGACUCCUGGGCGUGUGCUGCUCCGUGGACAACUGCCGCCUCUUCAUCGGGGGCAUCCCCAAGACCAAGAAGCGCGAGGAGAUCCUGGAGGAGGUCUCCAAGGUGACGGAGGGCGUGCUGGACGUCAUCGUGUACGCCAGCGCCGCCGACAAGAUGAAGAACCGCGGCUUCGCCUUCGUGGAGUACGAGAGCCACCGGGCGGCGGCCAUGGCCAGGAGGAAGCUGAUGCCGGGCCGCAUCCAGCUGUGGGGCCACCAGAUCGCCGUGGACUGGGCGGAGCCGGAGAUCGACGUGGACGAGGACGUGAUGGAGACGGUGAAGAUCCUGUACGUGAGGAACCUGAUGAUGGAGACGUCUGAGGAGACGCUGCGCCAGACCUUCAGCCAGUUCAACCCGGGCUGCGUGGAGCGCGUAAAGAAGAUCCGCGACUACGCCUUCGUGCACUUUGUGAGCCGCGACGACGCCGUCCUCGCCAUGGACAACCUGAACGGCACCGAGGUGGAGGGAUCCUGCGUGGAGGUCACCCUGGCCAAGCCCGUCGACAAGGAGCAGUACACACGCUACCAGAAAGCGUCCAAGGGUACCACCACUACCGCUCCAGACACCUCCCAGCCCAGCUAUGUUUACCAGUGCGACCCCUACACGCUCACCUACUACGGAUACCCUUACAGCGCGCUGAUAGGACCCAACAGAGACUACUUUGUGAAAGCAGGUACCGUAAGAGGCCGCGGGCGCGCAGCCAGCGGGAAUAGGACCCCGGGGCCCCGAGGCUCCUACCUGGGGGGGUACUCAGCCGGGCGGGGCAUCUACAGCCGUUACCACGAAGGGAAGGCCAAGCAGCAGGACAAACCCUACGAGCUGGUGCCCAGUCUGGAGCUGACCCCGGUCAACUCAGUGGGCAUCAAGCCUGGCACAAUGGCCCUUCCAGCUCUGGGGGGCCAGUACCCCAUGUACUCUGCGGGGCCCGCUGCUAAGGUUAUGGAGGAGGGGAAGAUCCAUGCGAUGGAGCACCUCAUCAGCCCCCUGGCUCUCCAGCAUGACCACACGGGGGCGCCCACAGCCGCAACAGUCCUCCCAUCCGUGUCCACCCCUCCCCCCUUCCAGGGUCGACCCAUCACCCCAGUGUACGCUAUGCCUCACAACGUCCAGCGCAUCCCCACCGCCGCCAACCUGUACGGGGCUAGCUACAUCCCCAUCGCCGCGCACGCAAACUCCGCCACCAUGGCUGCCCUGCACAAGAACGCAGCGGCCGCGGCCGCAGCCUACGGCAGCUACGCGGGAUACGUACCUCAGGCCUUCCCCGCCGCUGCCUUCCAGAUGCCCAUUCACGACGUGUACCCGACAUACUGACGCAGCGCGGCUGCCCGGGCAACAAGGACACUGAAGGAACACUUUCGUAUUUAUGAAGAGAGAACUCCAUUUUGAAUUUUUCAUUUCAUUUGCCUUUUUGCUUUGUUGCAUUUUGUUUGGCUUUUCUUUUCUUUUUUUCGUUUCUGAAAGUGAGCAUAUUACUUGACAUAAAGAUGUGUAACUUUACAUCUUAAAAAUAUUGUUUUUUUCUUUACAAAAAACAUGAAUUUCUUUGUACAAAAAUAGAAGCCGGUUGAAGAAAAUGUACUUUUUUAGUUUGUUGAGAAAGUUUAUAUUGUGAGAGUUUUUGACGAUGUAAGCAAUAGUCUGAAAUAUUACUGUAGAGGCUUAUAUGUCUUCCGUCCACACACUGUAUGCCUACCAAUUUGAAUGAGGACAUUUAGCUAUGCCUUUAUUAUUAUAAUUAUUUGUUUUGUUGCAUUAUUAUUCAUAUUAAUAUACACAUUUUAGUUUUAUGUCUUCAUAAAGUACUGUGGUAUGAAGCUUUUAGGUUUAGCUUUGGGUAUGUGUGUUAUCUUUAUCUCAAAGAAAAGGUAUGGAUGGAAAGAUUUUAAGUAGAUAAUGUCUGCUUCAGCAAAAACCCAGGAACAAAAAGUUUACUUUUUGAUCCCCAAAAGCACCGGAAAAACAAAAACUGAAAAUACAAAUAUUUGUAACCAACAAAGGGUGAUACUGUACCUGCAAAAAUACAACCUGAGAAAGGAGGUAAAUUACCAUUAUUGAAGAGUCUCUAGUCAGAGACCUACUUUUGUCCCUGUAGGGUAAAGAAAGUGAAUUCACGGUGACUGUUGAACAAAACUACUCAAAGCUACCCCCCAGUGCUGAAAUACUUUCACCUCGGUAAACACAAGUUUCGAAUUGGUUCAAAUACUUCUGUCUUAACCAGCUGAAUGAUUAAUAUAAUACUGACCAUAGUCUAAUAUCUGUCUUUGCAGCUCCCCUUAAUUUUUCAUUCGUUACGACUUGCAGGGUCUACCACGUGCUCACAGAAUACGUCUUCACCAGAAAGCGUAUAACGUUUUAAUAACAAACAAAAAAGUAGUACUCCUUACAAUGUUACACUUCAACGACUAGAACUGGGAGCUUUAGAACUGGGCUGGAAUUAUUUAACGCAUUUUUUUAAGGUCAGUGAAUCAAACCCCCUAAAAUUCUACCCCUGUGACAAAUUGCUUUGAGCAAAGUAGAUCUUGAGCGAGCUAUAUUCUGAGCAAAAACACACCACACCGUCUCCUGUGUAUGAACGAUGGUAACCGCGGCAACUGACGUGCGCUUCCCUAUCUGUUUUAUCAGUUGUGGCUGGCUCACAUUACACUCCGCUCUCCUGCCAGGGUACCCUCAUGUACAUUAUCGUGAUUUACUUUACCAAAGUGCACUUAACAUAGUCCAUAGGAGUUUGCCAUUUCUUUCUCUCAGUGAAAUAUUUGUUGCUUUUGGUGGCGUUUGUCUCAUUCUAACUUUAGCGGAUUUGAUCAUGUACGUGCGCAAAGUGGCAGCCCUGAUGCACACACAAAGUGAGCACUUGGGGUUGCUUCAGAUAAUUCUACUUUUGAGGAAACCACGCACGCAUAAACGCAUUCUGCUAUCUCACGGUACCCGACGACGGUUUUUAAAAAUGUCUUGUGAUUUAGUUGGUCUUUACUGUGCUUCAGAAUAAAAACACGUAAAACUUGCUUUGCAGAACACAGACUGAGAGAACAUGCCUAAAUAAACAAGCUCAUCGGUAAUAUGUGUUUUACACGUGACAAUGGCAGGUGGACGGGGAUACAGUGUAGGCUUUUUAUAUUUGAGAUAUUUAAAUUUGAUCCCCUUUACCCAUCGCCACUGUGAGGUAGAGAACAUAUGGCUUGUUUCGCUUUGCAGUCAAUUUUUUGCUUUUAAUUAGCUUCGGCUCUUUUAUUAGCUUAUUUCUUUUGGCCAUGGAGAAGGCUGCAAUUACUCUAUGCUGAAAGAUAGUGUAAACAUGCUGAAUACACAGCACCGGCCACAACAUUCGCCAUAGUCCUGGCCUUAUGUAUUUAUGAUGUUUUCAGCGUGUUACUUCGGAGUUCAUGCGGUGUCUGUUUCGUAUUGCCUGUUUAAAGGCUAUUUUUGCGGUGUUUGAAAAAUAGAAAGAACUCUGCUGAAAUGUUCCUUUGCAAUGACAAACGUUCAAAUAUAUUUAAUAUAUUCAGUACAAGUGUUGUAUAUGAAGCUUAAAAAAGUGAGAAGAAACAUAAUAUAUUUUAAAAGGAAACUAUUUUCUUUUCUUUCUCGUUAAAAAUUACAACCUCUGAUAACAAAUAACUAUUUUGCCAAAGCAUCCAGGACCUGUGUACAUUCAGAUAGGGCAGUUGUUAUGUGUCAUGCAAACAUUUAAUGUACAACUGGUAUGGAGGUGCUAUUGCCCUGUAGCCUCUAGGUAGCAUGGAGUGCUGAUUCAGGAAACUGAAGUGCCUAUGCAAUCUCUCCAUUGCAAUUAUUUCACUAACACUACAAGAGUAGUAUUUCAACUUGUGCAAGUUCUUGGCUACUGAAACGAACAAGGUGUGGAUAUUUUAAGAAACCUAUUUUAAAUGAAAUAAAAGUUUUUGCGUGCCUUAUUGCCAUAACAUACUUAAGCCUUUUUAACAUGUUUCUGUGCACUGUAAUAUCAUUGCAUUGUUUUUAAAAGCCUAUUCAGGAUUGUUGUAUUUAAAGUGCUAGCUGAAUAGUUCAUUAAAGCAUUUUCAAAACUGG